UCAUGGACCCGACGGCCCGCUUCUUUAACGCGCUGAGGAAGCUGUCCACGACCCUGGAGACCGAGACCGCGACGCUGCAGGACGCCUUCCAGACCCGAGACAACGACAGGGACCAGGACCAGACCCGGGACAGCGACACUGCGGCGAAGGCCCUGCGAGCCUACCAUGACGUUAACCAUGACGUCAUGAAGCUGAAGGGGCAGAUCCAGGGUCAGAUUGUUCAGCAGAGAGAACAGGGGAAUGAGGUGAACAGCUUCAUAAGGGCCUGCCGAGUGAUGGAGCAGAGGCUCUCGAGUGACAUCCAGACGCUGAAGGGCCACUGGGAGAAAUAUGGAUACCAAGCUCCUCAAGACACCCAGAGACCAACCAAAGCCAAAGAGGAGGAAUCAGAGGCUGAAAAUGAACUGGCAGAUGAGAACGAAACUAAACCAUCAACAGGUGGAGGAGGGGAAAACCAGGAGGAGGAUGGAGGGAUCAACUCCUCAUCGCCUCCUCCACCGGGACCUCCGCCCUUCACCGACGCCCUGCGGACCCCUCAGCUCUCUGAUUUCGGCCUCUCCGAGGUGCAGAUGAAGAGGGCUCUGGCCGGGUUGGACUGGUGCUCCGAGGUUCCCCCGAUGCCCCAGUUGAGCCUCCCUCCCCCCUCGCUCAGCACGCCCGCUCCGCCACAGAUGCCCUUGACCCCCAAACGCGCCCUGAGGAUGGAUGACGACGACCUGCAGACUCCUGAGAUGCCCGACUUUGGGAUUUCAGAGCACACCAUGUGUCUGAACAACGACUUCACUAUGGAUCUUUUCCGAAAGAACGUUGCAAAGCCCCAAAGACCAGCUCUAGACAUGCCGGUACCACCAGUGAACGCUCUAAAGGAGGGUUUGCACACAAAAGCACAGGACCUGGUGUCUCCAGAGCCGCCUGUGUUUUGCACCCCGGGGUUCAAGAUCAAGAAGACAAACGGUCACUGCUCCCCACCUGCACAGAGCAACGCUGACCCAGAAUCCCCCGGUCGCCCUGGAAACCUGCCUACCACCCCCGAGGUCCCGGUGUUCCAGACCCCGUACAUGAACCGACUGGCCACCUCCAGAAAGAGUGCACGUCAGCCUGAACCCAUCAACAUGCAAGCUGACGACGACGAAGACCUUCCAUCGCCAAGUAACAGAGAAACCGGAUCCAAGCGCCGCUGGGAAUACGACGUGCCAGAUAUCUCCAUCACGGGCGUGGGGGACGGACAGAUGCCGGAGAUGCCAAACCUGGAGUCUGCUUUGGGAAAUUCUUUGCAAACUAGAAGUGCAAAAAUGCAGAAGAAGACUGUGGAUCAUAAAAAGCUGUCCAAGGAGUCCACCGUCAACAACCUGGAUCUGGACGGACCCACACAGGAGUUCAGCUUGGGGACACCUCGCAUCCGGAUGGACUACCAGGACCCCAGCACCCCCGAGAUGCCCGACCUCAGCUCUGUUACUCAGGACAUCUGUAAACUUCUGUCUCAGGCUCAGUCGAAGAGGACUGCCAUGGCGGUUGUGCACCCAAAUGUCAGACCAGAAAAUGAUAAAAUCAGAGCUGUGAGGUUGUCUGAGGUGUCGGAGAGCGAGUUCCAGAGUUUACCGAAGUACCUGAAGCAGAUGACUCUGCACAACCUCAACCAGGCCGUUCAGAACAUCAACAAGUUCACCAAAGAGAGUCAAGGAGAACAGACGGAGUUUGGGAUGCAGGAGCUGAGGAGGAUCUGCUCCGCUGGAACUAAGACCCCGGUGUACAUCCUGUGUCUGACGGAGCUGAAGAGGCUGGAGCUCAUGGGAGGAGCCAGGAACACGUCUGUGUACAAACUGUGCAUGCACCGCUAAAGGUCGCCUCGAUGCAUCACACACAUGUAGAGUGAUCCGGACUCAGGAGAACCCGGUUCAUUCAUCUAGUUACAGCUGUCUGCAGAAAAAGAGAACUUAUUAAUGUUAGAAGAUAAAUCAGGAGUGGUAAUGUUUGUGUAUGAUUGUAAAUAGUUUUGAUGCAUGAAUAGUCAAUUGUACUGAAUAUAAACUCUGUAUAUGAUAAAGUUAAU